AUGACUGAGUUAACAACCAGAAUUAUUAGUAGUGAAAAAGAUGUUGCACGUCUGGUUAAUAUUGAAUUUCGAAAAGAAUCACUUCAAGUUAAAGAUAAUUCGGUAUCUGAACAAGCAACUAUUACUACAACGUCAACAGCAUUUAGUAAUGCUUCACCAUCUUCGUAUAAUAGCGAUACUGAACCCAUUGUAUUUAGAAAUACAACUUAUAUUGAAACCGUAACAACAAUACCAGUACGAGAACAAUGGACAAAUAAAGUAGAAUUUCUUCUAUCAGUUAUUGGCUAUGUUGUAGAUCUUGGUAAUGUAUGGCGUUUUCCUUAUAUGUGUUUUGAUAAUGGUGGUGGAGCUUUUCUCAUACCUUACAUGAUAUUUCUUUGUGUCAUCGGUAUUCCCAUGCUAUAUUUGGAAUUAUUUCUUGGUCAAUAUUAUCGCUGUGGAAAUAUUACAUUAUGGAGUCAUAUAUCUCCAUCAAUGAAAGGCAUUGGAAUUUCUUCAUUUUUAAUUGUUACCACUGUCACACUAUUUUAUACUACUAUAAUUGCUCAUGCUGUAUUCUAUUUAUUUGCAUCAUUUCGUGAAAUAAUGCCAUGGAGUUUAUGUUCUCAUUCAUGGAAUACACCUAAUUGUGCUGAACGUAUGCAUCUAAAUGAAUAUGAUUUAAAUGAAACGAAUUUUAUUGAAUUUGAUCAAUUAACAUCCUACACAAAUAUUACAAAUAUUACAUUUAUUCAAAAGACGUCAUCGGCUGAUGAAUAUUAUAAUAUUUACAUGUUAGGUAUCAAUAAAUCAUCUGGUCUUACACAUUUGGGAAAUAUUAAAAUUGAUUUGUUAUUAUGCUUAAUAUCAAUAUUUAUUCUAAUGUAUAUUUGUAUCUAUCGAGGAGUUAAAUCAACAGGCAAAGCUGUUUAUGUUACGGCUAUAUUGCCCUAUUUGGUACUCAUUAUUCUAUUAAUUCAAGGUCUCACAUUAAAAGGUUCUCGUGUUGGUAUACAAUAUUUCUUAAAACCUAAUUUUCAAAAAUUAAAAGAUAUGAAAGUAUGGUUUAGUGCUGCAAAUCAAAUAUUUUUUACUCUUGGUCCAGGAUUAUCUGUAUUAACAACCUAUGGCAGUUAUAAUUUACCAACUAAUAAUUGUUAUUAUGAUGCACUUAUAGCCGUUCUAGCCAAUUUUAUUGCCAGUUUUCUAGCUGGAUUUGUUGUAUUCUCUGGUUUGGGUCAUAUGGCAUACAGAUUAAAAAAACAUAUUACAAAUGUUGUUGGUCAAGGACAGGGUGCAUCAUUAUCAUUUAUUGCUUAUCCAGAAAUAUUAGCUACAUUUAAAUAUCCAACAUUUUUCUCCAUUUUAUUCUUUUUAAUGGUAAUUAAUUUGGGUUUAGAUAGUGAUUUUGGUGGUCUAGAAGCAAUGUAUACAGCAUUAAGUGAUGAAUAUCCACUCUUGAAAAGAAAUAGAAAAUAUGGAAUGUUAAUUAUGUGUGGUCUAUUGAUUUUGGCAUGUUUACCAACAGUAACACAGGGAGGAAAUUAUAUUGUACAAUUUUUAGACAAAUUUUCAACAGCACCAUCUCUAAUGUUAAUUGUUAUGUUAGAAGCAAUAACAGCAACAUGGAUAUAUGGUAUUAAAAAUUUAGUAAAUGACAUGAGACUAAAUUUGGGCUUUGAACCAAAUCUUUUUUUUCGUGUAGCCUGGACAAUUUUGUGUCCAUUUAUCGUUAUUUCAUUAAUGAUAUUAAGUUUGACCUAUUCUGAUCCAUUAAUAUACGGUAAUUAUGAAUAUCCUCAAUGGUCAAUUAUAUUUGGCUGGUGUUUAAACAUAUGUUUCAUAUUACCCGUAUUAUUUUAUAUUUUACAAACAUUUUUUCAAUGUACUCAUGGAACAAUGAGAGAACGUUUACAACAAUUAUUUCGAGCAAAUAAAACUUCUUCGAUUAAAUGGCAACAAGAAAAUGGCAGAACUGCGAAUAUUUAA